CCCCGUACAAUUCGAAGCCAUUUCGUGGAAGGAAGUUCCCGUGGUUGUUGUUCCCAGAUUGCAUGGCGGGCGGUAGGGUCCGGCGUUUUUCCCCCUCAGGGUUACGGUUUGACAUCACGUCCAUCGAUAGGGAACGUCAUCCUUCCCCGAACCACAAGCGAAUGCCUGGACGAGAUUCUCCUGCAUUUUCUUAAUUCAACUUCGUGCGGUUAUAGCUUCUGGAUGUCUUCCGAUUGAAUAUUUGGUGGCAGUUGGAAUUUCCGGUGGCAGUUGGAACCCCAAGGGAUAAUUCUCAAGGUUAAGAGUACACCUGGGAGAACUUCUGACGAAGAGACUCGCUAUGGCGGCCGCGAAACAAAUUGUUCGGAGAGCACAGCUCUACGUCCCCGGCUCUUCGAUGCGAUUCCUCGAAAAAUCCCUCCUCAUCCCCUCCAUCGACUCCAUCGCCUACGACCUCGAAGACUCCGUCACCCCGUCCAAGAAACCCGAGGCCCGCAAGAACAUCACCUCCAUCCUCUCCCGGCCCCAACGACCCCCGGGGAUCCGCGAGCUCGCCGUGCGCAUCAACGCCGUAGAUUCCGGCUUCGCCCUCUCCGACCUCACCUCCAUCCUCACCUCCGACGCCGCCUCCUCGAACCUCGACUGCAUCGUGAUCCCGAAGGUCGACGCGCCCAAGGACCUCCACUUCGUCACCGACGUCCUGCGGCACCUCCUCCCCGCCCGGCACGGCGAGGGAUCCCCCAACCCCAUCCGAUUGGUCGCGCUGGUGGAGAGCGCGCGGGCGCUCGUCGACCUCCGCGAGAUCUGCCGAGCGUCGCCGUACCUGACGGGCCUGACGUUCGCGGCGGAGGACUUCGCGCGCGACCUCAGCCUGACGCGGACGCCGGACCUGACCGAGUUCCUGUACGCGCGGUCGGCGAUCGUGGCGGCCGCGCGGGCGUACGAUCUGCCCUCGGCCAUCGACCUCGUCUCCACCACGUUCCGCGGCGAGGAGGGCAUGCGGCAGUUGAGGGAGGAGUGCGAGGGCGGGAAGAGGCUGGGCUUCAACGGCAAGCAGUGCAUCCACCCCGACCAGGUGGAGGUCGUGCAGAGCAUGUUCAGCCCUAGCGAGAGCGAGGUCGAGUGGGCGAUGAGGGUGGUGGUUUGCGAUGAGAAGGCCGAUGCGCAAGGGCGGGGCGCGUGGACCUUGGACGGGAAGAUGAUCGAUGUGCCCGUCGUAGGGCGCGCGAAGGCGAUCGUGAUGAAGGCGGAGGUCUGUGGGGUCGAUGUGGAGGCGUUGAGGGAGAAGUGGAAGGAUGAGCAGCCCGAGUGAGUGAAGAGGAAUCGCGUGCCUUUGAAUACAUGUGGCUGCAGGGCUGUGAAGAAAGGAUGUUUCAGGGAAUCAUCCAUAUGUGUCUUUCGACCCUCUCUAUAUCUGUCUUCUAAUUUAAUACCCUCUCGAUCUCUGAACGACAUUCAUCAACCGCUCCCCCUUCUCCCUCCUCUCCAGAUUGAUCGCCAAAAUCUCAAACGACCUCCCCAAACACGCCUCAUCGAACCCAGAAACAUGCGGCGUGACAACGACAUUCUUCAGAUCCCACAACUCGCUCUCCUCAGGCAGCGGCUCAGGAUCAGUAACAUCCAACGCCGCACCCGCCAACCACCCCUUCUUCAACGCCCCGAUCAUCGCCUGCUGAUCGAUCACCGCACCCCUCGCCACAUUCGAGACAAACACCUCCCUCUUCCCCCCCUCGCUCAAAAUCCGAAAAGCCUCCUCGUCG